AUGGAUAAAUCAUGGAUUGGAAAGCCACAUACCACAAACGAAUACUCGCGUGGUUUGCAUGAAUUUCUUGAUUUUGCAUUUAAGAACGCGACUGUGGAAGAUACAAUCAGAGGUCCAUGUCCUGUAUGUCGUUUUCGCACUUGGAAAACUAGAGGGAUAGUGGAGGAUCACUUGAUUUGCAAGCCAUUCCCUCAAAAUUAUGUUAUUUGGAAUAGUCAUGGUCAGAAAUUGGUAUUAGAGUCUUCUGGAGAUAGUGAUGUUAUGCAAAAGGCGUUUCAUCCAGAAAAUCCAAUAGAAACUAUGAUUAAUGAUGCAUUUGGCCAGUAUAGGCAGCAAGCGGCUGACAUAGGGACAUCUCAACCAUUGGAGUCAAAUGAAAUAUCAACUGAGGGGCAUAAGGAGGAUUCUAGUGACUUUUCUGAUUUUCUCAAAGAUGGAAGUGAAACACUGUAUCAAGGGAGCAAGUACACAAAGCUAGAGUUUUUGAUAAAAUUGUAUCAUAUAAAGGUCUAUUGUCGAUUAAGUGACAAGGCAAUGACCAUGAUACUAGAUUUGUUGAGAGAUGCAUUUGAAGAUGCAAAGUUACCUCCUUCCUUUUAUGAGGCCAAAAAAGCAAUUAACAAACUUGGCCUUGACUACACCAAGAUAGCUACAUGUCCAAAUAAUUGUAUGUUGUACUGGGAAAAUGAUUCAGAAUUGGAAGCAUGUAAGCAUUGUGGUAUAUCUAAAUGGAAUCCCAACAAGAAAAAGAAGCAAGUUGCAAAGGCUUUGCGUUACUUUCCAUUAAAACCAAGGUUGAAAAGGUUAUUUAUGUGUUGUAAGAUUGCUGAGCAUAUGAGAUAG